AGUUAUUGUGCCACGUAGGAUCGUGUUCCUCCUCACUGGGAACUCGACAGAUCCCUUAUCAAAAAUUGGAACAUAGUGCCAGUUAAACGCUGCAUUUCCCCAAAAAGGAAACCCCCUCACUUCCCUUAUUUUGCUCUGAUCCAUCAAUGUCGAACUUCCUGUGGGUUUUUGUCUUCGUGGCUCUAGGGAUCAGCUCCGAGGUUCUUCUCGCCGACAAGAGAUCACGGGUUCAAUCCUUGGAAAUAGCCCCUGGCAGAAAUGCAAGUAGCCGAAAAGAAUUGAGAACCAAGGAGGUGAAUGGGGAUGGCAUUAUACAGCUGGGCCAUCCUGUACGCUCUAACAGAUUUGAUCCCUCACGAGUCGUUCAACUCUCUUGGCGACCAAGGGUUUUCUUGUAUAGAGACUUUCUGUCAGCAGAAGAGACUGAUCACUUAAUCUCUUUGGUGCAUGGAAAGAGAAAUAGCUCCACAAGUGAUAAUGCUUCAGUGGAUGCAGUGAAGUUUCCAACCACGGGUAUUCCUAUAGAUGCAAAGGACCCUAUUUCCUCAAGGAUUGAAGAAAGGAUCUCAGCUUGGACCUUUCUACCUAAAGGAAACAGUUGGCCUUUGCAUGUUCUGCAUUCUGAGGGUGAGAAAUCAAAGGGGAAUUAUGGUUAUUUUGAGAGGGACUCUGCACUGAAGUCCAACGAACCAUUAAUGGCGACUGUUAUUUUGUAUCUAUCAAAUGUGACACGGGGUGGUCAGAUCCUCUUCCCUGAGUCAGAGAAUAAGAUCUUGUCCGACUGUACGAAGUGUAGUGACACCUUAAGACCAACUAAAGGAAAUGCAAUUGUGUUCUUCAAUGUCCACCUAGAUGCAUCUCCUGACAAGAGUAGCUCCCACGCAAGAUGCCCUGUUACUGACGGUGAAAUGUGGUAUGCCAUCAAAUUCUUUUAUCUCAGGAGUAUUACUGUACAAAAGGAUCCAGUUCAAUCAGAUGAUGACACUUGUACUGAUGAAGAUGAGAACUGUGCUCGAUGGGCUGCUACCGGAGAGUGUGAAAAGAAUCCUGUUUUUAUGGUUGGUUCUCCUGAUUAUUAUGGUACAUGCAGGAAAAGUUGUAACGUGUGCUGAUUUUUUAUGUAAACAAUUUUUUGUACCUUCACUGGCGUUGUUUGUGACUAAAAUCUUCUGAUUAAUAUACUCAGGAACUACUCUUUCUUUUUUC